AUGGCUACUGUUUACGCGUGGACGGACGCGCAGGUGGUGCUUGCCUGGCUCCGAUCUCACGCCUCCCAGUGGAAGCCAUUCGUGGCUCACCGGGUGGCGGAGAUCCAAGGGCUCCUACCCGGCGACCACUGGAGCUACGUCCAGACUUCCUCCAACCCUGCGGACCUUGCUACUCGUGGCAUCGACCCGUCUGAACUCAUUGGCCGGACCCUCUGGUGGCAUGGACCGGCCUGGCUUGGCCAAGCGGAGACUAGUUGGCCCAUGAGGGAGACCUCCCCCUCGGCAUCCAUACCUGAGGAGGAGCGGAGAGCCGCUGCUCACACGAAUCAAGUGCCUGGCGGGGACGAUCUGCUCACGAGGUUCUCUUCACUUUCCCGGCUUGUGAGGGUGACAGCAUAUUGUUUCAGGUUCCUGCACAACGCUCGCAGGCUGGAGCCCGCUCGGAGUGGUUUCCUAACUUCCUCCGAACUACACCGGAGUCGGCUGACUUGGAUAAAGCAGGCUCAACAAGAGGCGUUCCCGGACGUGCUGAUGGCGCUGAAAACUGGGCGCUCGAUCUCCGUCUGGUCACCGUUGCGCGGACUUCACCCGACGCUGGACGAGGAGGAUCUUCUUCGAGUGGGAGGCAGACUCCAGUCCGCACUACUUCCGUUCAGUGAGCGGCAUCCAUUGCUCCUGCCAAAGGAUGGGCACUUCACCUUGUUGACGAAGCAGCUUCUGUCGUCUGCAUUUCCCAGGACUAUUUCGACCUCUAGAAGUCACUUCCCCUAG